AUGCUGGGGACCAACAAGGUGACCCUGUGGGUGAUGACGGGCUUCUCGGCCGCCACCACCGUCUUCUUCAACCUCUUCCUCUUCCUGAUGAGUCAGCAGAACUGGAAGAAGCGGCGCCGCCCCAGCGAGAGCAUCACGGCGGCCUUGGCGCUGGUCAGCAUCACGCACCAGCUGCUGUGCUACCUGUGGAUGAGCAUGGACGAGAUGGACGCCAGGUGUCAUGUGGGCCAGACGCCCUACGCCGUCCUCCUGGUUCUGGUCUUCAGCCUGAAGUUCAGCAUCAUGUGGGACAGCAGCCUCCUCACCUUCUACUACGCCACCAAGCUGGUGAGCGCGCCCGGCCGCCGCCACGCCGCCAUCAACAGGCUGCUGCCGCCGGCCGUGCUGAUGGUUCCUCUGUGCGGCGUGGCCACCUGCACGCCCAUGCUGGCCGUCUUCCACCCCGCCAACCACACGGCGGGCAACAAGGACUGCGGCGUGCUGAUGCCCGACACCAAGCCGGGUCAGAUUUACGAGGCUCUCUACCUGAUCCUCUCUGACGUGCUGCCGGGGAUCCUGAUCAUCAAAUGCUGCGUCUCCAUCUCCGCACACCUGGCCCGCCAUCUUGGCCACAUGAAGGCCAGCAGCAACGGGGCACACCUGCCCAAGACGGGCGCCCAGAUGAGAGUGAUCCGCAUGUCCUUGUCCCUGGUGGUGGUCUUCCUGCUCUUCCUGGUGGUGGACCUGUACGUCAACUAUCAGAUAGCGGUGCAUCACGAGAACGCCAUCACGCUCACGUUCUUCUUCACCUCGGUUUACACCGCCGCCGCCGCCAUGGUGCUGAUCUACGGGAAAAGAAGCACCUGGAAGGUUCUGGCGAGUGAAUGUCACCUUUGUGUGGACGCAUGUCCGUGUUUGGAGAGUCUGAAGGUGCCAGAGAAGGAAGUCCAAGGCAGUAGACCCCCUGCUGGGAUCGAGAACUGAUAGACCCCCUUUUAGAAUAGUUGAUCUGCCGUUUAUUUUCUGCUCUGCCCCCCUCUCCUGUGUGUGUGUGUGUGUGUGUGGGGGGGGGGGGCACAGGUCCAGUGGCCACAGAUGAAGUGCUGGUUGUCCUCUGGAUUUUGAUUGAUUGAAGCUUUUAUUAGUAGAUUGCACAGUACAGUACAUAUUAUGUACAAUUGACCACUAAAUGGUAACACCCCAAUAAGUUUGUCAACUUGUUUAAGUCGGGGUCCACCUUCAUCAAUUCAUGGACAACUCACCUGUGCAUCAA